UGUGCAAAUUCUUGUAAGCGUUAUUAAAAUCUUGUAGCAAUCUGCAAAUAAACGUACUGUUCAACUAGUGCAAGUGUCUGUAAUUGUGUUUAAAAUGUCGGCUAGGGAAUGGUCAAAGAGUAACGCAUUCUUAUUGGUGGCUGUGUGGUGUAAUUUGUCGACAUACUGAUUAGACUUGGACGCCACUAGCAAGUAUAUGUAUUAAAGCGCAACGACUGAAUGCAAACCGCAAAUCAUAAACAAAUUCGUUAGAUAUUAACUACCGCUAACGAUGUGCGACAGUGUAUACAACAAUAAUUAAAAACACACACUGGCAAAAACACAACUAUACGCAUAUGUACAAAUGUAUGAAGGCAUGUGCAGCUAAUCUAUUGUAAAUAAACCGCACACACUGGGAACAGACUGUUCUCAGUCACGUACGCCUGCCGCUUUUGUUAUUGCAUCUGUUCUCUACAGAGCCCAAAACUAUUGCGAAUUUCUUGCAAAUCAAAUUUAGCUUUGCAAUAUCAGUUGACAAAAUUGCGAAAUGUAAAACGCAUUAAACGCUGCAAUUAAAAGAUCAAGAUCGAGCACACAAAGAUAAGCAGUAAUUAGAAAAAAAAAUAAAUUAAAUCAAAUAGUUAAAGUAAACAGACAGAAAAUGUCUGACAUACCGCGCAUUAUGGUGUUCCGUCCCAGCUGGGAGGAGUUUAAGGACUUUCCCAAAUACAUAGCCUAUAUGGAAUCACAGGGCGCCCACAAAGCCGGCCUGGCCAAGGUGGUGCCGCCAGCCGAGUGGGUGCCGCGACGCAGCGGCUAUGCCGAUCUAGACGCACUCAAUGUAACCAUACCAGCGCCCAUUUGCCAAGUAGUCACCGGCAAACAGGGCUACUAUCAGCAGAUAAAUAUACAAAAGAAACCGCUCACUGUCAAACAGUUUAGUGAGCUGGCCAACACAGAGCGCUAUGCCACGCCCCGGCAUUUCGAUUUCGAAGAUCUGGAGCGCAAGUACUGGAAGAACAUCACAUAUGUGGCGCCCAUUUAUGGGGCCGAUGUCAGCGGCAGCAUAACAGACACCGAUCAAGAUAGCUGGAACAUAAAUCGCUUGGGCAGCAUCUUGGAUUUCGUCAACAAAGAUUAUAAUAUACAAAUCGAUGGCGUCAACACGGCGUACUUGUAUUUCGGCAUGUGGAAAACAACAUUUGCCUGGCACACAGAGGACAUGGACCUGUACUCCAUCAAUUAUCUGCACUUUGGUGCGCCCAAGACUUGGUACGUGGUGCCACCAGCCUAUGGCAAACGCCUUGAAAAGGUGGCCAAUCAGUAUUUUCCGGCCAGCUACAAGAACUGCAAUGCGUACCUGCGACAUAAAAUGACGCUCAUAUCGCCGCAGAUACUGAAGCAGCACAACGUGCCCGUGAGCAAGAUUACGCAGGAGUCGGGCGAGAUAAUGAUUACAUUUCCGUUUGGCUAUCAUGCGGGCUUUAAUCAUGGCUUCAACUGCGCCGAGUCCACCAAUUUUGCCAUGGAGCGUUGGAUUGAGUACGGCAAGCGUGCAACGCAAUGUACUUGCAGCAAUGACAUGGUCAAAAUAUCCAUGGACACGUUUGUGAAGCGUUUCCAGAGCGAGCGCUACGAUGACUGGCUGGAGGGACGCGACAUAGCGCGCCAUCCGGAAGAUGCGCUCAAUGCGCUGCCCACAGCGGCGCCGCUGCCGCCACAUCUCGAUGUGCUGCUGUGUGAUAAAAAAAUGAAGAAGCAGUGCAAUCCCACAAAGUCGAAGAGCUUUAAGGAGCGCAAUCCGGACUUGGAUCUGGAUGAAAUUCAACAGAAUCCCAAUGUGCCGGACGAUGUCAAGGCCAUGCUUAAGGAGAGCGUGCUCACGCUCACCGAAGAGGAAACAGACUAUGCGCCCACCGCCGAUGCGCUCAGCCUGUCGAGUCCUGCCGACUUUAAGACCAAGCAGGAGCUGCUCGAGUAUAUAGACGAUGGCACAGAAGACGAUGAUGAGGAGGAGGACUUUAAGCGGCGCAAGCAUAAGCGCAGAUAUGAUGCAGAAUAUGAUGAUGAUUGGCUAACAAGCAAGCGACGCAGCCACUUGCGGCGUGGUCGCAAUUCGCGCGCCAAUAAAGAUGAUCGCUCCAUAUCGCCUGCCUCAACUACAUCCACCUCAUCCGCAUCGCGUGGCGGUGGCGCGCGUGGUGGUGCGUCACGCGCCAAAUCCUCAACGCCGCGCAAAACGCCUACCAGGCGAAAAAAGGAGACGCCAGCUACAACGCCAUCACCAACAGUCGCAGCAGCAGCAACAACAACACCCGCAGCAAUUACAAUUACAACAGCAACAGUUGCAGCCACUGUGAAUAGCAGCAGCAGCAGCAGUAGCAGUGGCGUAGGUGAGAGCAGCUGCAAACAACAGCAGCAGCAGCUAAAGUUUAUGCAACAGUCGCGUAAAUUUGAAGGCAAAAUACCAAAACUAAGUCAACAGCAGCAACACACGGCUGUAACAACAACAACAACGGCCACUAUAACGCCAGCAGCAGCAGCAACAUCUAGUCAGCAACAAAAAACUGUUUACAUCAACAACAUGUUGCCAGCGGCCACCACACUAAACGGCAUUCCACAGCAGCAGCAGCAACAGCAGCAGCCGCAACAACAACAAUACAGCAGCACCGAUGGCACCGUCUAUCAGCUGCAAAGCGAUAUACUCUGUGAUGCAAAUGGACAGCCGGCGACAACAGCGACGGGCACAUAUCAGACGACAGUCACUGCUGCUGCCGUUGCCAGCAGCAACAGCAGUCCACAGCAACAUGUUGCCAACAGUGCUGCCGACAAUGUGGUCACAACUAUUAGUUCGUCCUCCAUCCUGCAUACGAACGCAACCACAAAUGGAGUAACGGAGCAUCAGCAACACCAUCAACAACAACAGCAGCAGCAGCAACAGCAGCAUCAACAGUAUCAUUAUAUAACGACCACCGGCGAGGACGGCCAAACGCCGACGACUAUAGUCUUUGAGAACUACAACGGCGGCCUGGCGACGACAGCGGUUAGCGCAGCGACAGCGACGCCGGUGGUGAGCAGCAUGGAUGCCACGACGGCGCCCACGACGACAACAACAACAACUGCGCUGGUUAAUACAGACGGCACAAUCAUUGAGUUCGAGGGCAACAGCUACGAGGAUUUCCAUGUGCUCAAGAGCGAGCAGGGCAGCAGUGAUUGCUUGAGCAAUGGCAGCAGCGCUGUUAAUGGGGAGAUUCUCAAAUACGAGCCGCAGCAAAUGCCUGAUGACGAGGAGCUGAUGGAGGAGGACGAUGAGACGGGGCUGCAAGUGAAAUAUGAGGAGCAAAGCAUGGAGCAUGAAACAGACUAUGAGGAGUUUCAGGUUAUCAAAGCCGAGGUAGAGGCGGAGGCAGCUGAGCAGGCGGCGGGCACCACAAGCUACACAGUCAGUGGCCACAACGACCAGCAGCAGCAGCAGCCCAUUAAUGAUGCACUGCCUGGUUUGAUGACCAAAGCGGCGGCGGCCAAGCAGAAGCGCAAACGCAAGACGCGCGUCAUAGCGGAGGACGAGCAGGGCGAGUAUCUGGAGAAGAUGAGCGUGCGUGGCUUGGACAUUGCGCGCUAUGAACACGUCAUUGAUGGCGUGGCCUAUUGCCUGGUCUGUGCCAAGAACGAAAUCUUCAAGACCUUCAAGAACAAGUACAGCUUCCAGCGUCACGCGUAUCUCUUCCAUGAGGGCCAGAACCGCAAGAUUUUCGCCUGCCCCAUCUGCAACAAGGAGUUCUCGCGUCCGGACAAAAUGAAAAUGCACAAAAAGGACAAACACGGCGAUGUGCCCAUGCCGCCCUCAACGGGCACGCCUCAAAAAUCCGACACAACGCCCGCCAAACGUUCGCGCACCUCGCGCACGCCGCGCGUACGCAAGCUCAAAGCCAGCGAUGUGGCCACGCCCAACAGUGGCACCCCCACCAAAAAGCGACUGGCGCAGAUUGAUAGCGUGCUGGAUGAUGUGCAAAAUGCUGAAAUCGAACAGCAGCAGCAGCAACAACAACAGCAGCAGCAACAACAGUUGCAACAACAAGCGGCAGCACCGCAGCAGCAGCAACAACAGCUGCAAACGCUGCCCUCGCUGGACUUUAGCGGCAUGAUACUGCCUGGCGGCGCACAGCUGGCAUUGGCCAAUCCUGGCGCCAGCAGCUCCAUGGCACUGCAGCGCAGUCAAGCCACGCCCACGCAAACCGCACAGCCCACAACGACAACGCUCAUUUACUCCAAUCAGCUGGAGCUGCAACAGGCGCUGCUGCAGCAGCAGCUACAUGGCCAAAGCAUUAUGAUACAGGAUCAGGCGGGUAAUCUGGUGCCGCUGCAGUUGGAUGGCACGCAGACCAUUUACACUACAACGCCGCAGCGUGCGCAGCCAACUAGUUACCAGACCAAUACACAGCAGCAAUUGCAGCAGCAGCAACAACAACAACAGCAGCAGCAACAGCAGGUGGACAGCAGUCAGUCGCAGGCGCAGCCCACGCACUAUGAGCUGGACAAUGUUACGUAUCUAAGCUCAACAGCUGCUGCCACGCCCACACUGCCGCAGGAACAGCAACACCAGCACCAACAGCAGCAGCAGCAACAGCAACAUGUUAUUGGCACCGUGCAAAGCUAUCAGAUUCUAACACCCGAUGGCCUGCAGAGCUUCCAGCCCAAGCUGGAGGGUGCCGAGCUGGGCGAUCUGUGUCCCUACUCUAUGAGCGCCACGGCGACGCCGCAAUACACCUUCACCACUCAUGCCAGUGCGCAGCCCACGCUCAAUGCCAACGCCUUGGAUGCGCAAACGCAGCAGCAUCAUCAGCAGCAGCAGCAACAGCAGCAGCAGCAAUCGCAUCAACUGCAGCUGCAGCAGCAUCAGUUUGGACAUAAUCCGCAUCAGCAGUUUAUGGAGCUGAAGAACGAGUUGCUCAUUAAAGGCAGCGAUGCGUAUGCGUUGGAUGCCACCUCCAUGUAUCACCUGCCCUUCUCGCCCACAUCGAUGAUAAAUGCAGUUAAUGAUGUGAACACAUCAUCGCUGCUGGAGACCAAAGAAAUUAGCAAUGCCAACAGCAGCAGCAGCACAACCAACAACAGCAAUACCAACGUCAGCAACAGCAAUGUGAUUCGCAAGAAUGGAGCGACCAAGAAGACGCCCGUCAUAUUGUUAGCCGCUCGCGGAAUCGCUGGCAAAGCACAACAACAACAGCAGCAGCAUCCACCGCUCAGUCUUAUCAAUGGCGGCAAGGCAGGCGUCACUUUAGUGCGCGUCAACAACGUCAAUCCCAAUCGCAGUCGUCAGGUUAUAAUAACACCAGACGCUGCUAGUCUGCAACAGCUACAACAACAACAACAGCAACAACAGCAGCAGCAACAACAACAAUUGGCUGAUGCUAAGGCGGAGGAGGAGCAGGAGGCAGAACAAAUGGAGGAGCUAGUCGAUGAGGAUGCUUAUGAUGAUGCAGAUUCCCUAAACGGUCUAAACUCAUCAACAGCUCAAAUCCUGCGCAAGUUUCGCAUACCCAAGGGCACGGCAUUAACAGCCAAGACAGCCGAAGGCUAUCUGGCCAUGCCAACGCCCACGCCCUCGCCGCCAGCAACUGCUUCUGCUGCACUUGAUGCGGCCAACUACGUUGACAACAGCGAGGAUAUUAUCGAAGAGCUUAACGAGGAUGAAUUGGCCGAAGAGGUCAUCGAUGAGGACGCUGGCUGCGAAGAGCAGCAAGUGUUGCUGCAAGCGCAGUCAGCAGCUGGCGACAGCGAUGGCCUCGAUCUCAGCAACAGCGCCAACAGCAACAAUCACAACGCGGCGACGACGACAAUGUUGCUGCAACAGCCACAGCAGCAGCAGCCAGCCGCGUUGCAGCUGCAAACAGUGGGACCCAAUGGCACAGUCACCUGCUUCAAUCUGCCCUCGAAUACGAUACUGGUGCAGUCCGCCGAUGGCAGCCUCAUAGCACAUCCCAGCAAAGCUGGACAACAGCAGCUCAUAAUGUUGCCAGCCGAUUGGUCCACAGCCAACAUGGCGGCCUUGCAGGAGUCAGCAGCAACAGCAGCGCCUGCCCAACAAACGCAAACGCUGCUGCUGACUGCCGACGGCACGGCCAUACCCAUAAUGGCACCGCUGCAGCAGCAGCAACAACAGCAACAACAACAACAACAGCAGCAGCAGGCCGCUGUUGCUGCUGCAGCGCAACUGUUUGCCGCGUAGGGUCUAAUGGGUGGCCAACUGGGUCGAUUUUUGAACAAUGCCACCAUUAUGCCAACAACGUAUUUCUUUUAAGCCAAAACUAGGCUACUCGGUAGGUGUUGCGUCUGUUGCAGGCAACAACAAGUGGCACAGCCAGGACUCUGUUGUUGUCUGCUGCAUGCUGCAACGCAAUUAAACUAGUUACUAUUAUUUUAAAUUUAAUUGUAUACAUUUAUUUUGGGCAAUACAAAAAUCGACACAUUUGGCCACCUCAGCACAUAGAGAUCGAAAUACCAAAUCAAAAUCAGCACGAAGCUAAAACAAAACUAAAAACUCACACACUCAAUUUCAAAACUGAUAUUAAUUAACAUAUAAAUAUAUUUUUCUAUAUAUUCAAUAUCCUAACAGCAUACAUAGCACGCAAAUAAAUAUAUACAUAUAUACAAAUAGUUCAUAUAUGAAACUCAUGGUUCAUGAUAAGAGUUGUGCGCAAAAAGAAAAAAUAUUUAUUAUAUAGAAUCAAAACUAACUCACACACACACAUACACAAACACAUAUGUACAGCAUACGCAACUAUAAGCGUGUGUAGGCAACAAAUUUUGUAAAUUCAGACUCAAAACGUACUCUAAAUUAAAUUAUUUUUUAAACACUAAGUAGCUAUGUUUAAGUGCAAAGAAACCACCAAGAAGACACCCGAGCCCAGUUUUUAACUACGAUUUUGUACAGACGCUCAGGCUCAGUUUGUAAUUUAUAUGAACUGAUUGCUGCGCGUCUGACUUAAUGUUGUUUAAUUUAAUUUAAUAUUAUGCAAGCAAACUAACUCAUAAUUUCCGCUUACUUGCAACUCAACUAUAUGCUUACUACUUACGUCGUAUAUUAACAUAUACAUA